AUGCAUCUCCCCCGUUCUACAUUUUCUGUCCAUCAGCUAGAACUAUUCCUAUGGCUGUUAAAGGUUAACGGGGUCAAAGAUGCUACCUCAGUGAAAACUAUGAAAGAGCUCGACACCAAGCUUCAAAAGCUCUAUGGUAUUCAAACUUACAAGUACAAGGGAGCUUUUGGUCACAUAUACUAUGUCAACAGUCUCGCUGACAUUAUUUCUCAAGAAAUGUGUAACCCACAUGUUCGUGAAAAUCUGUCAUUCUACCCUGAAGACUGUGCUGCCAAGAAUGUGUCUGAGGCUCAACAGUUUUCGCGCUGGCUCAAUGAAAUUCCUGAUAAUGAACUUGGGCCUAUGGCACGAAUUCAUGGAGAAGAUUAUUAUAUCUUUGAGCCAGCGAUGGUCCGGGAUGGAUCUAUC